GACAUCUAACAAUCCCAACUUUUUGUCAGCCUGGCAUUUGCAACCAUCCAUUCCGUCUUGUCAUCAAUUACUGCUUCAACUUCUGCCGCUUCUGCUUCUGCAACUUAACCACUGCCUACCUACCUACUCACUCACCACAUCUAUCUGCUUUCUGCCUAUUGCACGCACACCUCACACACACACCACCGCUUGCUCUCUCCCAUCCACCACGUCGCGAUGGGGUCUGCAAGCCCGCCCAAGCGCAUGACGCGUGCGAGGGCAGCUGCGGCUGCGGCCGCGGCCUCGGCCACCGUCUUAAACCCCAAGACCACCAAGUCGGACAGAGUGACCAAGUCGACCAAGGCUACCAAAGCCACCAAGGCUACUACUGCCUCUACUGCCUCUACUGCCUCUACUGCCACUGCUGCCACUGCUGCCACUGCUGCCACUGCUGCCACUGCCGCAUCUGCGAAGAAGGCUGUCGCCGCGAAGAAGCCUGCCGCAAAGAAAGCCGGUGCAAAGACCGCCGCUAAAACUGAUAUCGACGCUACUGGUGCCGCCACGACUACUCCUGAUGCUACCACCUCUACUGCCUCUGCCUCUGCCACUGCCGCCACUACCACGACUACCAAGAAGGCUACUGCUACCGACAAGUCAGCGGCCACAAAGAAACCUACGGCGGCCAAGAAGCCUGCUUCAACGAGAACUGCUACGAGAGCCGCAGCAAAGGCUGCAACAAAGGCUACUAGUACAGAUACAACUACACCUAAUACCACUACCUCCACUGCCACUAAGAAGCGCAAGCUUCGAUCAUUUGAUAACGAUGAAGAGGACGACUUAUCCAAAGAAGAUACCACUGAGAGCACAAUGGGCCAACCAGCAAAGAAGCCGCGCGGUCGGCCCAGACGGGUUCCUACUGGCACAGUCACCACUGUCUAUGCCACUGAACCUACUCCAGGCCUCAAGUCAGCCGUCUCUCGUCCUGUCUCAAAGGUCACAGGUGCCCUUAAGAAGACCGUGACAUUCGAAGAGCCAGAGAAAGAGAACAUGCUGCCUGGUGCAGCAACAAAGGCCAAGACUGAGACUACUGAAACAACUGCUACAGGCAUGAGAGCCAAGCCUGUUCGCAAGCCGGCUGCCUCUGGCAGAACAACACGAGCAAGCGCACGGGCAGCUACUACUGAUGUGACAGAGAAGAAACCGCUCAGCCCUAGAAAGGAUGUACAGAAUCGUCCUCUGUCACGAGAUGCCGGCUCUGAUGACGAGCUUGCCACAUACGAGAAGACUCCCCUAAAACCCUUGAUGAAGAGUCCUGUCAAGCCACCUACUGGCGUUAGAAAGCUUGAACCUCCCCCCUCUGAGAAGGAUUCGAAUGGAAAUUCCCCGCCUUCUCUGUCACCUGAACCAGCUUUCACUUCUGUCUUUAACAGUCCAGCUCGGCGACCACCGCCAUCGCCCAUUAAGAAUAUGAUGAUGUCACCAGCGAAGAGAGUCGGUGGGCUUUUCGGUUCAUCCGCAGGUGCCGAUGAGAAGACUGUUGAGUCUCCCACCAAGUCGGCGAUGCUUCAGUCGCCUGCAAAACGUCCUCACAUGCCUCUCCAAGCAUUCCAGUUCAAUCAGGAACCAGCAGGUACUAGCCGUUCGUCUCUAAAGACGACUUUGCUAGGUACACCUGCGAAGCGUCCAGCUUCGCCAAUGAAGUUACUCGGCACUCCAAUUCCACGAGCGGAAGAUAAGCCUCAGGAACCUUCCAAGGACAAUUCACCCACCCCCCUAGAGGAUAUUAGUGAAGAACAACCAACCCCACAGGCAGAGGGAGAGCCUCAGCAAGCCAUGAAGGACAACAUCCCUCCAUUCGUAGAGGAGAUCAGCGAAGAAGAGUUACAGGCUCAGAUUCGAUUAGAAUCCAUCCAAGAAGCCAAUGAUGAAGAUAGUCUGUCGCUUGAAUCGCCUACUACCAAGCUCGAAGCAUCCAGUCCUCAACUUGAAUUUCCUGGCCGUCUUUCAGCUGUCUUGCCAAGACAUGCUGAUCCUGCUCUCAAGCCAAGCCCCCCAGCGGUGCAUGAGGCACCCAAUGAUGAGGCAAGCGUGGAAGUACCAGCUGCUGCCAACGAUCAGGACACCGCAGUGCACUCAGAUUCUAUGCCAGCGACACCUGCCCCACCCGCUCCCCCCAUCUUCAAGAGCACUGAGAGAAAGAUCACAGGAGUUGCUGCCAGAGCAGCCAGCAGAGCAAUCAGAUCCGUCCAAUUGGGCGCGUGGAGAGCUUCUAGCCCUAUGAAAGUCCCUCAGUCUCAUAAAAAAUCUGCUUCUCAAUCCGCCGAUGCAGAGGAUAGCGACGAUGAGUUUUCGCUCCUCGACGAGAACGACUUUCCUGUCGUUGAGACUUCAACUGCCAAAGGCUUCUUCGAUGAUGAGAUGAAGAUUCGCGACGAUAUGGAGAAAGAAGCUGCCAUAGCGGCCAUGGAAGCCUUGGUGGAAGCAGAGAUUGAAGCUAAGUUCUCCAAGCACGGCUACCCAGACUUUCGUAUCACAAGUGAGGAUCUUGAGAUGAUGAUUCCGCAAGAUCUCGAUGCUCCAAACGCGGAUCUCUCAAUUAUUGCUGAGGAGUCUGAGACAUCUCUCAUCAAUACCCCAGAGGGUGAGAAGUCUCAACGUCGCGCUGAAUCGGUCUCAGCAGCGAGCCAGGAGUACGGUGAUGAGAAUGCUGUUCCAAUUGACCCUGCCUUGUUUGGGAAUGGAACAGAGGCUACGUUUAGUAAUAAGAACCCAGUGACACCAAAGAGACCGUUUGCACCCAGGGAGUUCCAUACUGUUUCGAAGGUGCCUCUUAAGCGUGCCGAUGACUCACCUCCUCGUAGCCCCAAGAGACACUGCUCUUCUGCGUCCAAGGCUACUUCUCGACACGCUGGUACACCUGCCCGAGCAGCUCGUGCUGAUCUUGACCCGACACUUCUACGUGGAGCGAUUGUAUUUGUCGAUGUCCAUACCACCGAAGGCGCUGAUGCAGGUAGAAUCUUCGUCGAUCUUUUGGUUCAAAUGGGCGCUCGUUGUGUUAAGAGCUGGCCCUGGAACCCCGCUACUAGCACGGACGCAAAAGCAGAUGCAUCCAAAGUGGGGAUAACUCACGUGGUUUUCAAAGAUGGAGGCAAGAGAACACUAGAGAAAGUCAAUGAGAGCAACGGCCUCGUCCAGUGUGUCGGUGUCAGUUGGGUCUUGGACUGUGAGAAGGAAAACAGAUGGGUGGAUGAGAAGGACUAUAGAGUUGACACUUCGCUUGUUCCUCGUGGCGGUCAUAACCGACGCAAAAGCAUGGAACCUAAGGCGGUUGCCAACAUGAACGGUACGCUGGUCACUCCCGUGAAACUUGUCUCCGGCUUCGGACGUGAGCCUCAGACGGUGCCCAAUAACUAUUUGAGCCGCCGUGACAGCAGCCUUUGGAUGCGCAGCCCCUCUGAGCAUGACGAUGAAGAAGAAGAAGAAGAAGAAGAUGCUCCAAGUGAGCCGAGUGAGAUGGAUUGGGAGAGUACCAAUGCCCCUGUCCUCACGCCUUUCCCCCAGACGCCAGCACCUGAGGCAGUAGCCAGAUUUGCGUUAGACGUCACUCCUGGCACACCUACCGGGUCUUUUGACUCGACAUUAGGCAAUAACAAGCUCCUUAUGCAGACCUGUCCUCCCAAGUCGAGCAAACUCAUCGAGAUGGACGAGGGUCUUAUGAACCGGGGCCAAGAUCAGACCGUCAUGAUGCGCCUAAUGGCUGCACGACGAAAGAGUAUGCAGUUCGCACCCAAGGUCGCCAGCCCACUGAAGAAACAGUGGAAAUAACUCGAUUACUCAUCUAUAUAAUAUGGGAUCGUGCCUAUUAUCGGACACGACGAAAGAAAGGGGGGGGGAGAAAAAGAAAAGAGAAAAAAGAAAAAACAAGAAGAAGAACGCAGAACGUAGGGGGAAAGAGCCGUGUAUGGAAUGAUU